AUGAGUUUUACGUGGUUUAACGAACCAAAAAAAUGGUCAAACAAUGGAUCUACAAUUAGUGUCCAUACAGAUGGUAAAACUGAUUUUUGGCGCAAAACCCAUUAUGGUUUCGAACGUGAUAAUGGUCAUUUUUAUUAUCGAUCAUUUCCCGGUGAACAAGCACUAACAGCAACGGUCAAUGUACGUGGAAAAUAUACCAUACUCUAUGAUCAAGGUGGCCUAAUGUUACGUAUUGAUGAAAAAAAUUGGAUUAAAUGUGGAGUCGAAUAUGUUGAAGGAAAUCAAUUUGCUAGUGUAGUUGUUACUGUUAAUGGAUGGUCGGAUUGGAGUGUCGUUCAAAUAAGUUCACCUGAUGUUUUAAAACUACGUGUUAAACGUGAAAAAGAAGCAGUACAUAUUGAAUAUGCUGAAGGUGAAAAUGGUGAAUUCAAAAUGAUGAGAUUGGCUUAUUUUCCAAUACCAGAUAAAUCACAAUCAAUAAUGGUUGGCAUUAUGUGUGCUUCACCUGGAGAAGAUACACAAGGAUUCGAAAUUGAUUUCGAACAAUUAAAUAUUACUGAAAAUCAAGAAAAAGCUUAA